UUCCUUUGGAAUAAGGCCGGAUUGUAAUCAAUGUUUCAAGUCGGUAAAAGUAGAAGGUAAAUUAAUUCAUGUUUAUUCAUUUGUGCUUACUGUACUUCAUCAGUUGGUGCACCGAAUGACAUGAAACAUUGGCUAGUUUGUAGUCUGUACAAUAUGGUAGCUUCAAUAUAAUACAAGUUAGCGGUUUCCUAACUGGGGUUCGUUGACUAAGGGUCUUUACACUAGUUUUAAGAGGCUCCACAAUGUACAGCAAUGAUUGUAAAUAAAUAAAAAGCUUUCUGCUUUUUCUUUUGUUGGUGUGCUUUUUGCAUUUUUUCUAUAGCAGUUUUUGAUUUUUAAAGGGCCGCGCAAUAUCAGAAUAAUCGCGAAAGGUCCACCAGACAACAUUUAUAAGAUUAAAGUAAAAUAUUUAUUCCACACCGGAAAAAAAUCUUUCUGCGAGCACAAACUGAAUUAAAUAUAAAGAUUGUUGCUUGAAUGAAAAGGCGUGUUUUGUGCAUGUUUUUUAGGUGCUCGGACGAGAUAUUUUGGUCUGUGUGAUGUCUGCUAUAUUGUUUGCUACUAACUUACUGUGUAGAAUAAGAAUAGUUUAUAUUUAGAACUGGUACUACUAUAGUUGUAUUAUCGAAUGACCAUCUCAGUAAGUGGAUGUUUAUGUUUUAGAUAUAACAGCGGUUUCUACUCAGUAAAUAUGUAUUGGAUAAAUUGUUUAGAAAUAUUGGCUUGAGAGAGGUUAUUGCAAUAGGUUAUGAAAGGUCAAAGAUGAUGAUUUAUUUUUAAAUUUUGUAAUCGCUUAAAUUUCUGCAGUUCAUGUAAUUAGGUAAUAUUGCGAGCCUAAAUAUGGCGGUAUCUUGUCGAUUCUAUUCUGAAAAGUUUCCAGAAGUUGAAGAUGUGGUGAUGGUGAAUGUGCAAUCUAUUGCUGAGAUGGGAGCUUAUGUUCGCUUACUUGAGUACAACAAUAUAGAAGGAAUGAUCCUGUUGAGUGAAUUGUCAAGAAGAAGAAUUCGGUCGAUUAAUAAAUUGAUUCGUGUUGGAAGAGAUGAAUGUGUGGUCGUGAUUAGAGUCGAUACAGAGAAAGGAUAUAUCGAUCUUUCCAAGCGUCGUGUUUCGCCAGAAGAGGCAAAGAAAUGCGAGAACAAAUACUCCAAAGCAAAAUGUGUGCACAGCAUCUUACGCCACACUGUUGAACUUCUACAUAAGGCAGGGGUGGAGGUAGAUUUUGAAGAUCUAUUUGAGCGCACCGCUUGGAGCUUUGAUAAAACCUAUAAGCGUCCUAAUGAGAAAUACCCGGCUUCUUAUGAUAGUUUCAAACGAGCUGUUGAUGAACCUCAGAUUCUAGAUGAGCUGGACAUCACAGACACUGAGAAAGAUGUUCUGCUGAAGAAUAUCAAACGAAGACUCACUCCACAAGCGAUGAAGAUUCGAUCGGAUGUGGAAGUUUCAUGUUACGCAUAUGAAGGCGUGGAUGCGGUCAAGCGAGCUUUGAAGAAAGGUCUAGAAUGUGCAAGCGAAGAGCAUAAUAUCAAGAUAAACCUCAUCGCCCCUCCACUCUAUGUUCUCACAACUCAAUCUCUGGACAGGAAUCUUGGCUUGGAAGUUCUGCAGAAAGCACUGGAUGCGAUUGAGGAGACGAUAAAAGAUGCGGAUGGGACUUUCAAUGUUAAAUUGGCUCCGAAAAUUGUGACGGACAUUGAUGAGAUUGAGUUGCAGAAAGAACUUGAACGACUCGCGGUUGAAAACGAGGAAGUUGACGGUGAUGAUGAACCAGAUGAAUAUGAAGAAUAAACAUCUAAUAUAACAUGCAAUACGUUCAUCAACUUUUAUUUAAAUUCUGGUGUAUGAAAUUUAAUUAUGUUAUUAUGCCUUAGGUUAAUGGUUAUAAUUAACAAUGAUUUGUUUUAAGAUCAGGUUCAGAAAGGAUCACAUUAAAAUUUUUACAGUACAUUUGUACAUAAAACCGCUGAUUUUGAAGAUAAAAAAGUUCUAACAAAGAUUAACUACUUGUGUUACUUUCAGUCAUACAGCUUUGCUUUGUUCUUGUACAGAGAAAAAUAUAUGUUUUCUUUUAUAG